CCAGAGGCCCCCAGGAGCAACCAGAGGCCCCCAGGAGCAACCAGAGGCCCCCAGGAGUCCUUAGAAAGCUACAACCAAGCAGCCUGAAAGUGACAUGAUGCUGCAGUUUAAGCACACCUGUUACCAUGGCAACCGCCUGCGGAGGAGAGGACGAGUGAAUUUCAACGCUCUCAAUGUUUUCCUCUGGGAUUUCAACUCCUGGUUUUUCCUAACAGGCCUGAAACGUUUCCCUCUCCUGAAGGUCGUGAGUAACAAACUGACUGGGUUACAUUUGUUUAGGACUGUAUGUUGAUAUAAUUGGACAUUUCUUGUUGUGUCCUGGUUCGGGGAAAAAGGUGGCCAUUAAUAUUUUAUUUGUUCUGCCUCAUGUAAAGAGGUUUAUGUUCUUUAAAUCUUAUUGAAGGGUCUUUUAACUAUAAAAUUACAGUGGUGACUAAAUAAUAGGUUUUCUGUCACUUUAGUUUAAUAAAGUUAAGCUGAAUCAUUUUGCCUAAAAUUCUAAUGUUUCUCUGGGUCAUAUUUGUCAUAAACUGGGUCAUUGGUGCCGCUCACCGAUUAGGGAACCGGACUGAUAUCAAGCCCAAGCACCCUCCAUUUUAGUUUUCUCACAUAGAAUGGAAAAAGGUGCUACAUAAAUAAUGUUACUUUUACAAGGUUCUUUGACUCCGGACCAAAGCUAAAAUGUUUUGAAAUUAUAACAACUUUGAGAUGUUUUUAUGGCUUUGCAGCUGAAUCUGCAAAUAAUUUGGCAUGUAGCGAUGUGUGCUGAGUGUCUUCCAGCUUCGCAGAACGAUCAGUGGCUUCCUCUUAAACUUUUAGCGCUUAUUUUUAGGCCUCUUCAUGUUCUGGCCUCGCCGUGUUUAUGAUGUUUUAACCGUUUGUGUAAAUCAGCGCCUGCUGGAGGAACCGGGUCUAAAAAUAUCACCAGUCGAUCUUCUCUCUGAAACUCCCCUCUGACCUCUGACCUCUGACCUGGGCCUCUUCAGAUCAGGACAUGUUCAACAUGUUCUGACAUUUUUUAUUCUUUUCACUUUUUUCUAUCAUCAUCUGUUGAGUUUUAUCUUAUUUCAUCCAGGCUACACAAAUACAUUUAUUAUUAUAUUGGCAAGCUAGCUAAAUUGCUAGCUGCAUUUUAGCUAGCAAGUAUUUAAAUGUGCUAGCUAAACGUUCAGUUUGCAGCUAAACGUUCAGUUUGCAGCUAAACGUUCAGUUUGCAGCUAAACGUUCAGUUUGCAGCUAAACGUUCAGUUUGCAGCUAAACGUUCAGUUUGCAGCUAAACGUUCAGUUUGCAGCUAAACGUUCAGUUUGCAGCUAAACGUUCAGUUUGCAGCUACACGUUCAGUUUGCAGCUACACGUUCAGCCUUGAAUGAUGAAACCUGAACGCUGAGAUUCUGCAGAGCGAGAAAUAAUUCCAGCUGUUUGCUGGUUGCUGGGAGCUAACCAGCAGGUGAACUGGUUCCAGGUGGAGACUCUGGUUUGAAAAGCAGAAGCUGAAACAUUCCCAGCAGGAUGCGGACCGAUCCUCGGUCAGUGAUGAUAAAAACAGACAGAUGACAUUCCUUCCCUCUGACUCAGAGCCACCAGGAAACAAUCUGCACUUUAAAAAGUUUUAUCAGCUGAUUUAUUUGGUGUCGUAUCCCAGAGGAUUGAAAGUUGGUCUCACGUUGUUUAUUGCUCUGAAGAUGCUUUUAGUGUUUGAGCUCAGCAGCAUCAGAACAAUUUAAUGUCUUUCAGCUGCAGCUUCAUAACAGACACAUUUACCAGAUCAGCAAUCAGAGCAAUCAAUUCACCAGAAACAGAAACGCCAGGAAAAACCCAGAGAGACGCUUCCGCUCUGAGCUGCUGCAUCUGCAGAACCAGCAGCAGAACCAUUUUUAUAAGGUUGAAUGUAAAAUAAACAACAUUCCAGAGUUCAGCUCUGCAGACAGACCAUAAUAGAGGCGUUUCCUUGGAGACAGAAACUAAAAAGAUGAACAAGAGAAAAAAAACCCUGAGAACAAUUUGAGGAUGGAAUGAAUCUACUGGGAUCUUUGACCUUUGACCUCUAGAUAAGAGAUGAUGGUUGGAUGAGUCUGCUAGCUGUUCUGUUAACGGGAUGAAGCUACGCUCUGCUAGCCGCUGAGGCUCUUUGCUUUCGAAGAUAACAUGGAGGCAACAUGUUGCCAUCAUGUUGGCUCUGUGUUGGCUCCAAGUUGCCAUCAUGUUGCCUCCAUGUUGCCAUCAUGUUCCCUCCAAGUUGCCAUCAUGUUGCCUCCAUGUUGCCAUCAUGGUGCCUCCAAGUUGUCAUCAUAUUUUCUCCAAAUUGCCAUCAUGUUGCCUCUAUGUUGCCAUCAUGUUGCCUCCAAGUUGCCACCAUGUUGCCUCCAAGUUGCCAUCAUAUUUUCUCCAAAUUGCCAUCAUGUUUUCUCCUUGUUUUCUCCAAGUUGCCACCAUGUUCCCUCCAUUUUCCCUCCAUGUUGCCAUCAUGUUUUCUCCAUGUUGCCAUCAUGUUUUCUCCUUGUUUUCUCCAUGUUGCCAUCAUGUUGCCAUCAUGUUCCCUCCAUGUUGCCAUCAUGUUCCCUCCAUGUUGCCAUCAUGUUUUCUCCAUGUUGCCUCCAUGUUUUCUCCUUGUUUUCUCCAUGUUGCCAUCAUGUUGCCACCAUGUUGCCACCAUGUUUUCUCCAAGUUGCCACCAUGUUGCCUCCAUGUUGCCUCCAUGUUACCACCAUGUUUUCUCCAAGUUGCCUCCAUGUUACCACCAUGUUUUCUCCAAGUUGCCAUCAUGUUGCCUCCAAGUUGUCAUCACGUUUCUCCAAAUGGCCAUCAUGUUGCCUCCAAGUUACCAUCAUGUUGCCUCCAUGUUGCCUCCAUGUUUUCUCCUUGUUUUCUCCAUGUUGCCAUCAUGUUGCCUCCAAGUUACCAUAUUUUCUCCAAAUUGCCAUCAUGUUGCCUCCAUGUUGCCAUCAUGUUGCCUCCAAGUUGCCAUCAUGUUGCCUCCAAGUUACCAUCAUGUUCCCUCCAUGUUGCCAUCAUGUUUUCUCCAUGUUGCCUCCAUGUUUUCUCCAUGUUGCCAUCAUGUUGACACCAUGUUUUCUCCAAGUUGCCACCAUGUUGCCACCAUGUUGCCUCCAUGUUACCACCAUGUUUUCUCCAAGUUGCCUCCAUGUUGCCACCAUGUUGCCUCCAUGUUACCACCAUGUUUUCUCCAAGUUGCCACCAUGUUGCCUCCAUGUUACCACCAUGUUUUCUCCAAGUUGCCACCAUGUUGCCUCCAUGUUACCACCAUGUUUUCUCCAAGUUGCCUCCAUGUUGCCACCAUGUUGCCUCCAUGUUACCACCAUGUUUUCUCCAUGUUGCCAUCAUGUUGCCACCAUGUUUUCUCCAAGUUGCCACCAUGUUGCCACCAUGUUGCCUCCAUGUUACCACCAUGUUUUCUCCAAGUUGCCAUCAUGUUGCCUCCAAGUUACCAUCAUGUUGCCUCUAUGUUGCCAUCAUGUUCCCUCCAAGUUGCCAUCAUAUUUUCUCCAAGUUGCCACCAUGUUGCCUCCAUGUUGCCAUCAUAUUUUCUCCAAAUUGCCAUCAUGUUGCCUCCAAGUUACCAUCAUGUUCCCUCCAUGUUGCCAUCAUGUUCCCUCCAUGUUGCCAUCAUGUUUUCUCCAUGUUGCCUCCAUGUUUUCUCCAUGUUGCCACCAUGUUUUCUCCAAGUUGCCACCAAGUUGCCUCCAUGUUACCACCAUGUUUUCUCCAAGUUGCCACCAUGUUGCCUCCAAGUUACCAUCAUAUUUUCUCCAAAUUGCCAUCAUGUUGCCUCCAAGUUGCCAUCAUGUUGUCUCCAAGUUGCCAUCAUGUUUUCUCCAAGUUGCCAUCAUGUUGCCUCCAUGUUGCCAUCAUGUUUUCUCCAUGUUGUCUCCAAGUUGCCAUCAUGUUGGCUGUGUUGCUUCCAAGUUGCCUCCAUGUUGCCACCAUGUUUUCUCCAUGUUGCCUCUAUGUUGCCAUCAUGUUCCCUCCAAGUUGCCAUCAUGUUGCCUCCAAGUUACCAUCAUGUUCCCUCCAUGUUGCAUCCAUGUUGCCACCAUGUUUUCUCCAAGUUGCCAUCAUGUUCCCUCCAUGUUGCCUCCAUGUUUUCUCCAUGUUGCCAUCAUGUUGCCUCCAUGUUGCCACCAUGUUUUCUCCAAGUUGCCAUCAUGUUGCCACCAUGUUUUCUCCAAGUUGCCAUCAUGUUGCCAUCAUGUUGCCUCCAAGUUGUCAUCAUGUUUCUGCAAAUUGCCAUCAUGUUGCCUCUAUGUUGCCAUCAUGUUGCCUCCAAGUUGCCACCAUGUUGCCUCCAAGUUACCAUCAUAUUUUCUCCAAAUUGCCAUCAUGUUGCCUCCAAGUUGCCAUCAUGUUGCCUCCAAGUUGCCAUCAUGUUGUCUCCAAGUUGCCACCAUGUUGCCUCCAUGUUACCACCAUGUUUUCUCCAAGUUGCCUCCAUGUUACCACCAUGUUUUCUCCAAGUUGCCAUCAUGUUGCCUCCAAGUUACCAUCAUGUUGCCUCCAAGUUGUCAUCAUGUUUCUGCAUAUUGCCAUCAUGUUGCCUCUAUGUUGCCAUCAUGUUGCCUCCAAGUUGCCACCAUGUUGCCUCCAAGUUACCAUCAUAUUUUCUCCAAAUUGCCAUCAUGUUGCCUCCAAGUUGCCAUCAUGUUUUCUCCAAAUUGCCAUCAUGUUGCCUCCAUGUUGCCAUCAUGUUUUCUCCAUGUUGUCUCCAAGUUGCCAUCAUGUUGGCUGUGUUGCUUCCAAGUUGCCUCCAUGUUGCCACCAUGUUUUCUCCAUGUUGCCUCUAUGUUGCCAUCAUGUUCCCUCCAAGUUGCCAUCAUGUUGCCUCCAAGUUGGCAUCAUGUUGCCUCCAAGUUACCAUCAUGUUUUCUCCAAGUUGCCAUCAUGUUCCCUCCAUGUUGCCUCCAUGUUGCCUCCAUGUUUUCUCCAUGUUGCCUCUAUGUUGCCAUCAUGUUGGCUGUGUUGCUUCCAAGUUGCCUCCAUGUUGCCACCAUGUUUUCUCCAUGUUGCCUCUAUGUUGCCAUCAUGUUCCCUCCAAGUUGCCAUCAUGUUGCCUCCAAGUUACCAUCAUGUUGCCUCCAAGUUGACAUCAUGUUGCCUCCAAGUUACCAUCAUGUUCCCUCCAUGUUGCCACCAUGUUUUCUCCAUGUUGCCAUCAUGUUGCCUCCAUGUUGCCACCAUGUUUUCUCCAAGUUGCCUCCAAGUUACCAUCAUGUUCCCUCCAUGUUACCACCAUGUUUUCUCCAAGUUGCCAUCAUGUUGCCUCCAAGUUGUCAUCAUGUUUCUCCAUGUUGCCUCCAUGUUGCCUCCAAGUUGUCAUCAUGUUCUCCAAGUUGCCAUCAUGUUGCCAUCAUGUUGCCUCCAAGUUGCCAUCAUGUUGUCUCCAAGUUGCCAUCAUGUUGUCUCCAAGUUGCCAUCAUGUUGUCUCCAAGUUGCCAUCAUGUUGUCUCCAAGUUACCACCAUGUUGCCUCCAUGUUGGAGGGGACGGUGGUUUGCUUUGGCCUCCAUGACGAUGACAUCACAGCGAGCCGCUCUCUGAACUCUGGAAACUUGGACCAAAAUGUUGAACAUUUUGCCAACAGCUUCCUGUUCUGCUGGCGGCUGCAGCUGAAAUACUUUCAGUCUCAUGAGAGACUGGAGAUCAGGAUCCAAAGGUAAAUACGACGGAGUUUAAUAAGCUGUGAACCUGGACGGAUAAAAGCUCUUCGGCUGGCCCAGAAAGGCGGUGGAAGGAAAAACUGCCUGGUUGUGGAUCAACUGGACAACGGUUUGUUUCCUGCUGUGAGGAACGUUUGGCUCAUCAUGACCAACACAAAGCGGCUGGUAAAUGUGAAACAUCUGCAGCUUCUUUAUUUAUUUAUCACGCUGGGAUUUUCCUGUUCUCUUCAUUCUGUCUUUAAUCUCAAAACAGCUUUUCAUUCUCAAGCCAAAAAGUCAUGAGAAUAAAAUCAUGUUACCACAAAAAGUCAGCAUAAGAUUUGAUUCCCUCAUUCUACCGUUUUAUUCUCAUAUUCUGGUUUUAUUCUGCAGUAGAAAAGUCCUGAAAAUAAAGUUGAUGUGUUUAGCAGAGUGAACAUAACCUGAAGAAUCUAGAGUUCAUCUCUGAUGCUAAUGCUAGCUUAGCUUAGCCAGCAUUUUGGAGGGAAACCACUGUUAGCUUGUAGCAUGUGGAUUCGUCUUGGUUUUAAAUGUUGAGCUAAUUUAAAUCUUUUAUCUGAGCUGCUGAGUUAAAGUAAAACAAAGUGAAUUUUAAGAAGAGGGACAGUAAACCUCAGCUAAUGCUAAUGCUAACCUAACGUCCUGUAACUCUUGGUCCUUAUAGCGUUAGCCAUUUUGAGAAUCUGAUUUUAUAAAGUUAAAAUUUUAUCCACAAAUAACUGUAGAACAAAUGAACUCAUCUUACAGAUCCAGAUUUUGUUUCCUCAUGAUGAUUAAUUUGAAUCAUUUGAAGUUAUUUUUAGGUAAAAGCUGAAUUGUUUCCCAUUUAAAUGAAUAAACAUGCAGACUGAAGGUUUGCCGUCUCCAUGGCGACCAGAUCUCACACAGAGACAAAUAACUUCAUGUUCAGUUUCACCACCAGCUACUUUCAGUUUUAAUAUUCAGCACAAUUACAGAAUUAGCUGCUUUAGAUGUGGGAGGCUCUGAAUUUGGUCUGUGUGACUUUAACUAGGCCGUGGCAGCGAAGCCAAACCAAAAGGCAGAAAAUCAGAGAAGAAAUUCUCUAAUUAUGCUGGAAACUGAAAACUUUCCCCUCAUGUUGGAUUUAGGUCGGGUUGUUUCACUCGUUUGUUCGGCCUGAAGUUCAGCUGCUCGCCGUCCAGAACAUCAGACCCGCAGGUCGCGACCUCAGAUUCCUCCAGACCGCUGCGGAAAACGGCUCCGCUCUGGAUCCGGACCUCAUGAGACCCACUUUAAUUCAGAAGUAAUAAUUCAGUAAUAAUCACAGCUUCUUCCAAACGUUGUCAGGAA